GUCCAAAUCCUCCUCCUCCUCCUCCCCCUCCUUCAAUCUUUUUGCAUUCCUCUCUCAGUUGGCCAUCAUCUAUCAGAAAUUCAUGGACAUUGAUCAAGUCAUGAGAAGCCAAUACGAUUCAUCAUCCUCAGUUCAUGCUGAAGAAGUAACAUUCGACGUGAGGAAAGGUCCUUGGACCGCCGAUGAGGACGCCUUGCUCGCGAAUCACAUAAAGAUCCACGGCGAAGGCCGUUGGAACUUGGUCGCUCGUUGCGCAGGAUUGAAGCGGACCGGCAAGAGCUGCAGAUUAAGAUGGUUGAACUAUUUGCGCCCCGAUCUAAGGCGCGGAAAUAUGACUCUCGAAGAGCAACUGUUGAUUCUAGGACUCCAUUGUCGCUGGGGCAAUAGGUGGUCGAAAAUAGCUCAAUACUUGCCCGGAAGGACUGACAACGAGAUAAAGAACUACUGGAGGACGAGAGUGCAGAAGUUAGCCAAGCACCUCAAGUGCGAAGUCAACAGCAAGCAAUUCAGAGACGCGAUGCGCUGCGUGUGGAUGCCGCGGUUCGUGGAGCAGAUCCGCACUUCGGCGCAAGGCCCGUUGAACGGACUUACUGAGAACCCACGAACUCAUGGGAUCGGGUCGGAAGACUCGGUUGAUGAUGAUCACACAAACUUGUUGCCCGAACUGUCGUCGAGUGUGUCGUCCGAUUCUUUUUCGGAUGCUCAGUUCAGUAGCUCACCUUCUCCUAAUCAAGCCGGCGGGAAUGGCUCGGACCGUUUCAAGCUCGGUUUGGGCGACGGCCCGGAACAUUGGACCGGGUACUCGGAGGGGUGGCAACUGGGUGUGGAUGCGGGAGAGCAAGAAGACAGCAAUGGUCGUUUAGUCAGUGAAGAAGAUUCGUUGGAGAGCUUGUGGAAUGAGGAAAACGUAUGGUUCUUGCAGCAGCAGCUUUUCGAGGAGGCCUUUCGCUUGUAGGUGAAUUUUAUAUCAUCAGGGCUGAAAUUUCAAUCCUUGAAGAGCAGAUUAGUGUACAGAAGUAUAAAUAUGGCACGACUUAGGGGUAGAAGAGCUGUUCGUUCUAAGUUUGAAUGGAAGUUUGAUUGGCCAAUUGAACCUUGUUUUGCCAAUGAUCAAUGGGUGUGAUCAUUCGAAUACGAUUGAUUAUGCUUUUGAGAA